GACAGGGGCGCCAGGAGAAGAACAGUUUCUCUUGAGGUUUUCUCCCAGCCCUGCUGCCACUUGGGACGUUGUGGAGAGAUCGGGCCAGUUGUACCACCCUCAUUCCGACGAUUGAAGAAAUCACUCGUUCGCGUAGUUUCCCCAUUGACUUUGCCCAUCUUUGUUAACCCCAAAGAAUCCGGUGACUGGUAUUUGGAUACCCAGAGAUUGGGAUCUAAGAUUGCUAAAAGUUUUCUCUGGUGCUAAUAUCAGCAAAAGAGGUUGUUUCCAGAGGUGCUUCGUGAGCAGAUCACCUGGUGGGAAGCAGAAAGAACUGGAAAGUCCUCCUGUUCUCUUGGAAUCACCACACUUGUUUAAGAACCUAAGCACCUUUUGAAGUCACUGAAAAUUUAUCAUCUUGUGGUGGUGGGUGGAUAAAGGAGGGCAAAAUGGAUGAUUUCAUCUCCAUUAGUAUGCUGUCGUUCGCUAUGUUGGUGGGAUGUUAUGUGGCUGGAAUCAUUCCCUUGGCUGUUAAUUUCUCAGAGGAGCGACUAAAGCUGGUGACUGUUUUGGGUGCCGGCCUUCUCUGUGGAACUGCACUGGCAGUCAUCGUGCCUGAAGGAGUACAUGCACUUUAUGAAGACAUUCUUGAGGGAAAGCACCACCAAGUGAGUGAAACACAGAAUGUGAUUGCAUCAGACAAAGCAGCAGAAAUACCAGUUGCCCACGAACAUGAGCACAGUCACGACCACACGCAGCUGCAUGCCUACAUUGGUGUUUCCCUCGUGCUGGGCUUCGUUUUCAUGUUGCUAGUGGACCAGAUUGGCAGCUCCCAUGUACAUCCUACUGAUGAUCCAGAAACAGCAAGACCCAGCAAUUCCAAAAUCACUACCACGCUGGGCCUGGUCGUCCAUGCUGCAGCUGAUGGUGUUGCUUUGGGAGCAGCAGCUUCUACUUCACAGACUAGUGUCCAGUUAAUUGUGUUUGUGGCAAUAAUGCUACAUAAGGCACCAGCUGCGUUUGGGCUGGUUUCCUUCCUGAUGCAUGCUGGCCUAGAGCGAAACCGAAUCAGGAAACAUUUGCUGGUCUUUGCAUUGGCAGCACCAGUUAUGUCUGUGGCAACAUAUUUAGGACUAAGUAAGAGCAGUAAAGAAGCCCUGUCAGAGGUCAAUGCCACUGGAGUGGCCAUGCUUUUCUCUGCCGGAACAUUUCUUUAUGUUGCCACAGUACACGUCCUCCCUGAGGUGGGCGGAAUGGGACACAGCCACAAACCUGAUGUCACGGGAGGGAGAGGCCUCAGCCGGUUGGAGGUGGCAGCCCUAGUUCUGGGUUGCCUCAUCCCACUCAUCCUGUCAAUAGGACACCAGCAUUAAGUGUUCAGGUCCCAGCCUUUGUCCAUGGCCGUUUGCCAUCCAGUGAGAACAGCCAGCACGUGACAGCUACUCACUUCCUCAGUCUUGUGUCUCGCCUUGCCCAUCCACUGUAUUCCUGGAGUCCAGAGGGAGGUGAGAUGAAAAUCUGGAGUAACCGAAAAGCUUUUAGAGUAGACACAACACUUUGCAACUGGAUACAGACAUUCCCUGUGUUGUCUUUAAAGGGCCUUGGCAUUUUGAGUUUUGAUGUUUCUCUUAACCCUAUUCUCAGGGAAGAUGGAAUUUAGUUUUAAGGAAAAGUGGAGAACUUCAUACUCAUGAUGAAAUAGUAAUUAGGACAGUGCAGUGUUCUGUAAU